UUGACUUGUAUGUGCAUUGUUAUUUCGGAGUUUUUGACAAUGAGCUUCAAUAUAACAUCAUUGAAGAAAAUAUGAUAUUUGUUUUUUGAUGAAAAUCUUUUUUGCAAGCACUAUACAUUAUGGCGAAUUUGGGCAAUCGCAUUAUAGUUUUAAUUGAUAUGGAUUGUUUUUAUUGCCAAGUUGAGACCAGAUUGAAACCGGAAUGGGCCGGUAAGCCAUUGGCUGUAGUACAAUACAAUUUGUGGAAAGGUGGUGGUAUUAUUGCGGUAAAUUACGAAGCUAGAGAUUUUGGUGUUACGCGUCAUAUGCGUGGAGAUGAAGCAAAAGAAAAAUGUCCAGAUAUAAAUUUAGCAAUUGUUCCUGCUCUUCGAGGCAAAGCUGACACAUCAAAGUAUAGAAGUGCUGGGCGAGAAGUAAUUGCUGUUCUUAAAAAGCAUUGCAAUUUGGUAGAAAGAGCCAGUAUAGAUGAAGCUUAUUUAGAUAUUACUCAAAUUAUUGAUGAUCAACUUGCACAAGGAAUGUUUGAAAAUGAAGAUCUACAAAAUGAGUUACAAAAUACAUAUGUAGUAGGAUAUUCAGAAAAUGGUGUUAAUAAUGAAGAACAAAGAACCAAAGGUAUUGACUGUUGGUUGUCACUAUCAUCUGAAGAUGUUCAAAUUCAACGUCUGGCACUUGCUGGUGCAUUUGUAGAAAAAUUGAGGAAAGAUAUCUGUGAAGUGACCACUUUUAAGUGUUCAGCGGGAAUUUCAUUUAAUAAAAUUUUAGCAAAAUUAGCAUGUGGUCUUCAUAAACCAAACAGACAAACUAUUUUGCCUGCAUCAUCUGUACCUGAAUUAUAUGGAUCAUUACCUGUAAAAAAAGUUAGAAAUCUUGGAGGAAAAUUUGGUGAUAUUGUUAUUGAUUCCUUGAAGUGCAAUGUCAUGGUAGAUCUGUUACCUUAUUCUCUGCAGUAUUUAAAAAAUCGCUUUGAUGAGAAAACAGGCUUAUGGCUGUAUAAUAUUGCACGAGGCAUUGAUAAUGAACCUGUAACUCCUAGACUGGUCUCAAAAUCCAUUGGAGCUUGCAAAAGAUUUCCGGGAAAACAGGCAAUAGUGGAUAUAGAUACUCUUAAACAUUGGAUGAAUGAGUUAUCAGAAGAAAUUUGUGAAAGGCUUGAGCAAGAUCUAGAAGAAAAUGAACGUAAAGCAUCACUGAUGACAGUCAGUUAUCAGUAUAUCCAGAAUAACAAAAUUAUCAAUCAAUCAAAAUCUUAUGCUAUUUCAAGUUAUAAAACUGAAAAAGUUGCUCAGCAGUGUCUCAACAUUGUAGUAAAACAAACACAGCAACAACCGAUUGCGUUUCUAGGUCUGUCAGCUGGAAAAUUUAUAAAAGCUAAGGGAAGUGAAAAUUUUAUGAAUUUUUUUAAAGCAAACCCUUCUGAAAAAAGUACGUUUUCAUUGAGUAACCAAAUAGAUAAAGUUGCCAAUGAAUCUAAUAAUGUAGAUAAAGGGGAAGAUGAAAUUGAAAAUGCUGACGAUGAAGUAAAUAGUGAAAUAGUUAAUAAUCAAAAAAAUCACAGGCAUGAACAAUUACAUCCCCAUGACGAAUUUGAAACACCAUAUAAUGAAGCAGCAGCUCUCCAAGAAAGCAAGCAUCGACAAAAUAAUACAAAAAUUAAGACUUCAUUUGAAAAAUCACCAACGAAAACAAUGCAGUCUCUUGAUAAAAUGAAAAACAGAAAAUAUGAAAUAAUCGAAAAUACCAAAAAGAACAAUAUUCGUGAAGAAAUUGAAAAUAGCAAAAAAACUAAAUCACCAUUGAAUGCAGUUAAAGCAAAUCGUAAAUCAUCUCCUUGUAGUAAAAUUCAUAGUACUCUAAAAACUGAUAACUUCAAGCAAUCUUUUUUUAUGAAUAUUUUAAAAGAAAAGCAAUCGCAAGACGACGAAAUUCAAGAUGAAGAGUAUGAAGCACCUCAUGAAGGCAGUAUUGAUAACGUCGAUAUAUGUAAUGAUAUAUGUAAUGAUACGUCGAAUGAUAGUAAGAAAAUAGAAGACAAUGGAAAUAUGGAAGUAGAAAUAAGCAUUCCAAAGUCUCAGAAUCAAAGUCUUUUACCGAACAAUAGUAUGGCACCCGUAAAAUUACAAGAGAUAUUCCCAGACCUUAACGAUAUAGAUCUAGAAGUGGUUCGUUUACUGCCAAUCGACUUACGAGAUGAAGCUAAAAAAUGGUUGAAAAUGGAAGAAGUUCGUGAAAAAAAUUCUGAACCUGACAAAAUGAAAGCUAUAGAUAUUCAUAAAGGAUUUAAAAAAAAAAGCUCGAAAUCUAAGUCGAUACAACAAAAUUCGGAUAUACAACAUUUUUUCAUAAAGACUGAUUUGAUCAAUAGUUCUAAUACAAGUAUGAAAAAGUGUACACAGUGUGAUCAAUUGAUUCUGAUUGACAAAUUUGAAGAACAUAAUGACUAUCAUGUAGCGCAGAAUAUACAAAAAGAAUUAAAUCGACUAUCAAAUGGUAAUGAAACGCGGAAAAGGAAAGUGGUUUUAGAUAGUCCGAAACACAUAAAAAAACGACUGAGCGAUGAUUUUGUAAAUUGAUUUUUGGU